UUGCCGCCAAGUUGUUCGCCCUCACUGUCUUCCACCGGCCUCUGCGCCACUGUAUUUAUAUUGCGAACCACCGCCUGAAACAACGCGUACGCUACAGCAUGUCUGCGCUAGCGCCGACGCACGAGCAAAAGCCGGACGAGACGGCGCAGGAGCAGGGGGAGAAGGAGCAGCUCGUCGUGCCCGAGGGCUACACGCUGCACUCGGAGAACUCGGCGCACAUCCUGCUACCCGCAGACAACGGCGCAUUCCUGAACCCCGUGCAGGAGUUCAACCGCGACUUGAGCAUCGCGUGCAUACGCACCUGGGGCGACCUCAUGAACGAGCAGCGCCGGGCCAAGUGGGAGAAGGACGCGGAGAGGAGGGCGCAGGGUGGCAGGAAGAGGGCGAAAAAAGCGAGAGCAGACGAGUCUGACAAGGCGGAAGACGAGGAUGUGCCGAUAACGGAGACAAGCGAAGUGCAGGAGCAGCAGGCGGCGGAAGUGGAUGCUGUCGCUGUUCCACCGAAGCCAAAGCCAAAGCUGGAGCACAAGUUCACCGUCCUCGAGGCACUGUCCGCGACAGGCCUUCGCUCCAUUCGCUACGCGAAAGAGAUACCUCUCGUUGAUUACGUGAUUGCCAACGACUUGUCAGAGUCUGCAUGUGAAGCUAUGCGGAGGAACGUCGAGCUCAACGGACUCGGUCAGAAAGAAGAGUCUGUAGAGACCGACGAAGGCAUCAUUGUAAAGAAUAUCCCACCGAAAGUACGUGUCAAUGAGGGCGAUGCUUGUGCUCUUAUGUACAAUCACCGCUCGGGACGCCACCGUGUAGACGUUGUUGACCUGGACCCAUACGGUACUGCUGCGCCAUUCAUCGAUGGUGCUGUGCAAGCUGUGAACGAAGGAGGCCUCCUGUGUGUCACUUGUACUGAUAUGGCUGUGCUCGCCGCUACUAACUAUCCCGAGAAAUGCUUUGCUAACUAUGGCGGUGUUCCCGCGAAAGCAGAAUACUGCCAUGAAGCGGCUCUUCGUCUUGUUCUCCACAGCCUCGCUACAUCGGCAGCACGAUACGGCCGCUACAUUCAACCUCUACUCUCGCUCUCUAUCGACUUCUACGUCCGUCUAUUCGUUCGCGUCAGGUCAUCCGCACUGGAGGUUAAGAAACUUUUCACGAACACUGCGACAUACUUCAUUUGCACAAGUUGCCAGGCGCCGUACGAGCAGCCGCUAGGCAAGGUGAAGACCAGUGUACACGAAAAGAGCGGCGCCGUCAAUCAUGUGUUUAGGACUCAUGCCGGCCCUCCGGUUGGCGAUAAGUGUCCGGAGUGCGACUCUGUUUUACAUAUUGCUGGACCGAUGUGGUCGGGCCCGUUGCACGAUACCGAGUUCGUGUCGAAGGUGCUUGAGCACGUAGAGACGAGCCAAGAACACUAUGGCACAUCCGCUCGCAUGAGAGGCAUGCUUACUGUUGCAAAAGAGGAAUUAGACGUGCCAUUCUACUUCACCCCCGCUCAGCUGUCUGGUGUGCUCCACUGCCAGUCUCCCUCGCUCGACAACGUAGCAUCCGCUCUUCUACACGCAGGGCACUCCGUCUCGCGCUCGCAUGCACUGCCCGGUUCGCUGAAGACGACCGCCACGCGCGCCGAAGUGCACGACAUCUUCCGCUGCUGGAUCAAAAAGAACCCUGUCAACAUGGGUAAGCUAGGCGAGAAGUCGCCCGCGCGUACACUUCUGGCGAAGGAACCCCGUGCCGAGGCCAACUUCGCGCCCCACCCGCAAAGCGUCUCGCGUUCCUCGGGCGUGAAGCUCGUCCGCUACCAGCAGAACCCUCUACCGCACUGGGGACCGGGCUCAAAGGCCGUGUCGGGCACGAAGCGCAAGCGGUCACAGGCUGAGGCCCAGGGCUAACCUUACGUUCUGAUACUGGCACGCGGGACGUCGGGACCUUGAGUCGAAAGCCAGAACAUGUUCGCCGUAGGGACAGCAUCUGUGCGUUGUAGACUACGCGAUUAUUGCGAUGAACGAGGAGGCGGCAUAGCAGUUCACGAGAUCCCAGAGUCAAGCAAGCUAAAUAUACAAAGAAAGCAAAGUUCAGAUGUGCAGAACGAAGUGCGAAGGACGAAGGAAAGGAGACGAGGGGGACAGUAAGAUCCGAAAGCGGGGAAUGGUAUGUGCGCAAGUUGUUAUACCGAUAAUAGGGGACUGGACUACAGGCCCAGCGGUGCGGGCAGGUUUGCGAUCCAUGGAUGCCUGAGCAGCUCAGCCGCAGACGGCCGCCUUUCGUGAUCCAGAUCAAAAGUUUGCUGUAGGAAGCUCUCGGCCUCCGGAGAAAUAUCAGCUGGGAUGGUCGGCUUCGUGCUCAUACCGAUCUUGAAGAUAGCCUGCAUCUGUGUUAAUUGUGGGAAGGGGUGCUCUCCUGUGAGCAUCUCCACAAUCAGACACCCUAUACUCCAGAUAUCCGCUUUUUGCGUGUACGCUGUCUGCUUCACGACCUCUGGUGCCAUCCAGAAGACGGAUCCCUGCAGAGACGGUCGAUGCGCGCGAUUACCUGGCAUCAAGUUGUCUUCCACUUUCUUGGAGAUACCAAAGUCAGAGAUCUUGAUGCCGCCCUUGUUGUCAACGAGCAUGUUAGCACCUUUGAUGUCGCGGUGGAUAAUAUCUCUCUCGUGCAGGUAGUUCAGGCCAAGCAGGAUCUGUCGCACCCAGUUGCGCACAAGCGGCUCCUCGAACGCGCCAUAGUUUCGCAAGAGGGAAGUAACGGAGCCACCAGGGACGUACUCCAGGAAGAUAUUGAGAUGAUCAUCGUCGACACAAGAGGAGAGAUAUUGGACAAUGUUCUCGUGGUGGAGGUCCUUUAGUAGCUCGAUCUCACGUUCGAGAGCGUUGAGCAUGCUUUGUUUACGCUCUGCGUUGGGUGCAGUUUGCGAGGGAAGCUCAACUUGCUUCACUGCCAUGAGCAGUCCCGUAGCAGCGUCCAUGCCUAGAUAUACUUUGCCGAAGGAUCCAGAGCCAAUGAGGGCGCCUUUGAUCCACUUGAUUGUCCUCUCUCCACGCGAAGUGAUGGCUUUCGGCUCUCCCUCAUCGUCGGUUAGUGUUCCUUCCGUAGCUUCUUCCUCCUCUUCCUCUUCGAACUCUUCGUCUUCUCCGUCUUCUUCGUCUUCCUCCGGUAUUUCCCUGAUGCUCUUAGUGUCGGCAUCGCUAGACUCAACGGCAGUCCACUCCUCGCUAUCCGAAGAGUCCUUUGAACCAGUGCCUUCUCUGCGGCUUUCAACCUCAGCGGUGAUCUCGUCCACGGUUAUCAUGCUGGCGGUGUCGGACACGUCACGCUUGCUCCGGAGUUCCUGGAUGUAGCUCAUCCGCUUGGAAGCCACAGACAACCUUGAGCCCGGACGAGAGCUAGUCAGGUUCAUCGAUUCAGCAAGCGAUUCUGACGGCAACGCGACGGGCGGCAGGAGGUGAGGACGAGAAAUCCGCUUGUUCUCCGUCGAGGUCUCUCCAAGCGAGCGGCCCUCCUCGUUUGAUAUCGAUACAUGCGGCGACGAGGUAGGGGUGUCGGGCAUGGGCGGCGGAGGAGAACGUUCCCGCACGCUCGACGCAACGGAGAUGCGCGACGCGACCGAAUUCCGGUUCGACGCGCGGGAGCCCUGUGUGCUGACACUGAAGCGCGACUGUGCAUGCGGGUUCAGCGACAUGAUGCUGUCCCUGCGGUUCGUCGGCCCGCGCAUCAUACUCUGGCGGCGCGUCCGCUCGAGCACCUUCUUCUCCGUAUAAGGGAAGUACUCGGCCAGGUGCGUCGUGAUGAGCUCGCUAGGCGGCCGCUGGCCGAAGAAGUUGCGCAGCUUGCCCUUCUUGUUCGGGCUCUUCGAUGGACUCUCCUGCGCGCUAGGAGGUGCAGAUGAGGACUCUGGCAUCUCGGAAAUUUGUACUCCAAGACCGCUGAGGAUGCUGAUAGAACUCGCGCGUUUAUAGGCGUUGGUGCCGGGUUGUGGAGUUGCACGGUCGGACGAUGGGAUUAGGCUCUCGUUCACUGUGUCUGUGCUACUAGAAGCCUUCGGGAACGAGGCAGGGUAAGGACUGGUAGGACUGGUCCUCGGGCGCUUUAUCUGGCGGAGGAUCAGUCCACUCUCGCGCACAGGCUCGUCUGGAGACGCCUGGCAGAUAGAAAGCAGCUGUGACUCUGAAAGCGGCGUCCUGGGACCGUCAGUAUUCAUAUCUGAAAAUACACCCCAUCCAUCCAUAGUCAGGCCUCCGUCUAUAAUCUCCACAUGAGGCGCAUGACUGUCCUCCAACCCUUUCAGCUUUUUCAGGGCUCUCUCCAAGAUCUCCGCUCCACCUGAGCAGUCCCACACUGGGACCAUGGAUGACUUGCCUUCCCCCGGCGCUGCAAACUUGAUCACCUUCCGCCUGAUGUCAUCUAGCGAGGGCGUGUUCGAAGAUGGGGUGUUCGGCCUAUUAAACAGACCCGUUCCCGCGCGGGAUGUGCCAGAGUUGGUGGGUGGCGAUGGCGUUGACGACGUAUGCCGCUGCGAGUCCCUGAACCCCUCAGCGAUCGGGGAGAGCAUCGACUGAUUCCCACCCGAAUGCUGUGAUGAGUAGGGAUGACCCGUGGGUCCAUUUGACGGGCGCGACUGCGGCUUCGCAGCGGGAGAUGCGAUGCCUGAUAUUGAGGCGUUCCGCCCGUGUUCGUUCGGAGAGCGGCUGUAACUACGAUUCGGCAGCUGGCUGUUCUGGAGCGGCGAUGGGGAACGGAUAGGGCGCGGUGGCAGAUUCUGUCCAGGUGGCAACGGCAGAGGUUGACUUGUGUUGAAUGCAGGCGCCUCUGGAACUGUAGGUGUCCUGCGCCCCGACAACUGGUUCGUGGGCGGCAAGAGCGAGCGCGACGUAGUACGAGCGUUGGGAGGCGGAGGCGGCGGUUGGCCACGAGGAGGCGGGGGAAUAGGAGGGAGUCCAGGGCGACCACUCGGUGUAUGGACGCUCGAUGAGCCUGCGUUUGGCUGAGGGAGGGGGCGGGUUGGCGGGUUUGCUCGCGCAGAGUCUUGACCAUCGCGAACCAAGCGGGGUAGGCCGUCUGAGCUGGAGUUAGGCGGAAGGUGCAAAGGCGCAGGACGUCCAUUGUCCAGUCUGCGCGGUCCAAGUCGUGACGCCGCAGAGGAGUGAGAGCCUUCGCUACCCACACUACCGUUCCGAUUGUGCUCUUGCAAGCGUGGUCGGCUGGCUACCAAGCUGAGAGUUGUAGAACUUGAGGAGCAUUUCUGUCUCAAUGCCUUGACACCCGCGACGAUCCUAAUCCUAUCGCCUACGGUGAAAACCCCCAUCUCCUUCAAUGUUGCUUGGUCCAAUUCCAGAAGUACGUCCCCUCUUAUGUCGUUGGCCCGAAAAACUGUCGACUGGUGAGGACAUUUGACACUCGUAAGCCAUGCAGCGACGUGAGCAUCGUUCCAAGUUCGUAAAUAGUCGGCAAAAGCUAUGCCUGGUGGAGGGUCCAGUGACACACUGGCAGUCAUGGAGGUGGGGGUGCUGGGCUGAGACAAGCCGUCAAGGUAACCUGUUCCGCUUAGGCUGAACGCAGGCAAGGUCGUCUGGCCUUGUUGUAUCAUGAACGUGGCGCCUGG